UGAGUGGACAAUUUACGAAAAAGAAUUCCCGAAUUUGUUUGAAGGAAUACCGCUUGAUGAUAACGUGUGUUUCAACUCGGGAAACGUGUUAUGUUAGGUACACGGGUUAUUAGUGUUAAAGUUAGUGGCUCGGAUUGGCAAUAAGUAUAUAUAAUACAAAUGCGGAGGAAUCGCUUUGAUCUUCCGAUAUUCCCGCUUAUUGAAGUGUACCGCAUAAUAGCACUAUGUAUGAUAAGACCAUGCUGCCAUCCGACUAAGUUUUACUGUAUGUAUAUUAACCCCAAGUGCACGACACAUGAGGAGUGACAGUUUUGGACAGAACUGUGUAUGUCUGGAGGAAGAGGAAUAUGCUUGAAUGCCGAUUUAUCUUCGUCCUUGUCGUCCAUUUGGGUGGGUAAACAGCAUUAUGCUGGAUCAACUCAACUGCGUGAAUAACAAAGACGGGGACAUAGAGCGGUCGGACCAUUCCCGACUGUCACCAACUUUUCGGUAAGUGUUUAUAAUGGAACAUGUCAGUCCUGUUGAAAGCCAGGAAAGAUAUAUGUUGAACAAAAAGCUUAGAUCACCAAAUCAACUUGGUGAAAACAACACAAUGGACUCGUUUCAAGAUGGAGGCCAGCAAAACAUGAACACUGAACAGAAUGAUUUCAUGAAUCCAAUGGACGGGCCCCACAUGAAUGCAGACAUAAACAGUUACCCCCCAUCGUCUAGAGAACAGAUGAUGGGGGUUGACAGUUACAGCAGAAUGAAUCAAAACAUGCAUCCUAGUCAAAUGUCGGGGUAUAAUGCCUACAACCGAGAGAACUUCAACUCUGGCGACCAACAACAUGGCGGUAUGCAGAUGACAGGAAGUGGCGAUUUUGCGAAUCAAAAUUCGCCUUUCCCAGGUCAGUAUUCACAAGCCAAUGCCAGGCCAGGUUUCCAAGGUAAUGUCAAGCCUGGCAUGGGCUCCAUACGACCAGGAAUGACUCCACCUGGAGGAGGAAUGAUGCCAGGGUACCCCCAGUCACAAAGGAAUAUGUUGUCAGGGCAAACCAUUUCACAACAAGGUGGCCCUACCCCUACGCUGAAUCAACUCCUACAGAACCCAAAUGCACCCCCAUCCAGGAUGCCAUCAAACAGUUAUGACUUUCCACAAAAAGGGAGUAUGGACAUGGGGAACCCGAACAUGCCAUACGGAAUGCAGCAUGGAUGGGGAGGGAACCAACGACCCAUGGGAAACUAUCCUCAAGGUCCAAUGUCAAUGCCAGGAACGCCUUAUAGAAAUCAGAGUAUGGGAGAAAUGAACCAACCAAGACCCGGGUAUACUUCUCCAAGCAACUACCCGCCCCAGAGUCAGUAUGGUCAACAGUUCUCGCCCAAUUCACGCUACGGCAUGAUGAGUGGCAAUUCCAGUCGCCCAAACCAGAUGGGAAGUCAGGGAUUUUCAAAUCAGGGUGUUCCUUAUGGUCACCAGCAACACUAUGGUCAGCAACAGUCUAACCCUGUGUCUUCUGGAUACUGUGGGUCACCCUCUCAACCUUCUUCUUCUUGCUCCUCCUUGCCUCAACCUCACCCUCCAUCUCAGCAGCUAACCCCACAGAUGUCUGGCCAGCCCCCGGGGCCCACACCUCCUCCACCUGGAGCGCGACCGUCACCAUCGCCAUCUGAAUCAUCUGUACAUUCUUUGCCACAACAAUCAUCGCCAUCACCAUCACAGUCUUCAUCUACACGUCAACAGCAACAACCUCCAAACACAGCAUCACCGUCACCAAAGCAGCAGCAACAGUCAACCCAACCCACCAGUCAAAAUCAACAGUCAAGUCCAGUAGGAAGCAAUUCCAAUUGGAGUGCCUCAAGCAAGAAAGCCAAUGAGGAUGGUGAAAUAACAGCGAGAGGUGCAUUGGUAUAUAGAAAAGACUGUAGAUACAGCUACACACACACACACAGACAGAGAAGUUUGAAGAGCAGGGGCCCACAGAGUGGUGACUGGUUUGAAUUACUUACUCACAUCAGUACAAAAACAAAUGAAGCAUGGGAUUCUCGGAGUGGUGACGAUUUAGGAUGUGACCCUUCCAGAAAUACACCAACCCCUACAGGAGUCCAUCCUGCAGUGGCAGCACUUCGACCUGCUCCCUCACCUGCUGGCUCUACUGGUUCAAGGUCAAAUACACCUGCCUCCCUGUCAGGUAGUACCCAGGCAGGGAGUCCUAUGCCAACUCGCCCCUCUUCUGAUGGACAGAACGCACGCAUGACACAGUCACCGAUGGCUACUCAAGGUUACAACCAGCAGAUGAUGCCACCACCGAUGGGUCCAAACCAGAUGAACUUCGGACCAGGAAGUGGUGGUAAGAUGCCUGGGAGUGGCAUGGGAGGUAACUCCGUGGGUGGACACUAUCCUCAGUAUAACUCUCAUUUCUCUCAGCCAGGAAUGUACCCUGGUAGGCAAGGUGGCAAUAUGCAGGGAAACGCUGUGAUGCAGAACUACCCUCAACAGAAUAUGUAUAACGGUCCAAGUCAUGGAAAUGCUCACAUGUAUAACAAUAUGCCCAUGGGCAACAGAAACUAUCCAAUGUACAGUAGUGGACAGAAUAGUAUGAUGAAUGUGAACAAUCAGUAUGGUAAUAACUAUGGAAACCAUAUGGGUCCAGGUUCUGGCCCAGGUUCUGGCCCAGGUCCUGGCCCGGGUCCUGGUCCAGGGCCUGGUCCAGGUCCUGGACAGAACUCUGGACCAGGACCAGGGCCAGGUGCUGGUGCUGGACCUGGUUCUGGGCCUGGAGGUCCGGGAGGAGGCCCAGGAGGUCCAGGAGGUCCAGGAGGCCCAGGAGGCCCAGGAGGUCCAGGAGGCCCAGGAGGCCCAAGCCCUGGUCCAAUUGGUCCUAAUGCUGGUCCUGGUCCCGGUCCCAGCCCUGGACCAAAUGGUCCAAGUAGUGGAGGUCCAAGUCCUGGACUGGGUUUAGGACCUGGAAGUCAUUCAGGGAUGUCUCAAAACAGUGGCAUGGCAGGAUCCAUGAGCCAACAAGGACAAAACAUGUCGGCAAGUAGUCCAGGACAACCAGUAGGAGCAACUGUCCCUGCAGUUAAAGGUGCGCAGGCGGCUGCUCAAGCUGCAUUAAUAGCAGCAGCAAAUUCUGCGAAAGGACCGCAACCGGUGGCAGUACGGCCCACCAUGACAAAUCCGCAAAGAAUGUAUACGCCACCACAGCAAAUGGGCCAAAUGAAUCAAAUGAACCAUGUAGGAUAUGGGCACAACUUCAACUCCAACAUACCAAACUCUAAUAUGAAUCAGAUGCCCAACUCACAUUCGCCAGUGCCUAAUUCUAGUUCUAUGGGUGGCCAUUUACCAUGUACUUCACCAUCUACAAUGCCCAAUGAUAAUAAUAGCAUGUCUGUACCAAUAUCUAGUAGUGUUCCUAAUAGUUCUUUACCAAAUAGUAUAGGCGGCAAUAAUAAUGGUUCCAUGUUGCCAGCAACGUCGGUUCAACAGAACAGUUCAUCUGGUAGCAUGCCGUCGGAUAAUUCAGUUAUAUCAUCAUCAUUAGCCUCUUCCAUGGAUUCAAAUAUGCCUUCAUCAAAUAUCCCUCCAUCUAGGACACCAAAUAUGCAACAGCAUGACUCCAAUUCAUCUAGCUCAACAUUAUCCAAUACAAGUGUUCCAAUUACUGAAAGUGAAGUUCAUUCUAGUGCUCCUGAUUCGACACAAAAUAGUCAACAUGACACUAAAAAGAAGGGCAGUAGUGACCCCCAGGGGGUGGCAUCCGUGUGUAAUACGCCCAAUCAAAGCUCUGAUGUAGAUAGCAACUCUUCUGGUGUGACCAAGUCACAUCUAGAGAAUCAGUCAAUGGAUGGAAAGGAUCAGCGACUAAAUUCAAUGCCAUCAGACAGUGUACCAGUGGGUAUGCCAAUGGAACAAGUGUCCUCACCCUUCUCAUCCAAACAAGAAAUGCCCAUCACCACUACAGCAACAACAACAAAUUCCGAUAUAAAAACAAUAGUAACUCAGAGCAUCACAAGCCCCGUGACGAGUAUCUCUGAGGCCGGGAACAGCAACGACAGCCAUCAAGAUCACAUUCCCAUACCCCCACAACCCAACUGUUUACCAAUUCCGCCAAUUCCCACGAUAGAAGAGGCGCCUGCCCCUCCCCCUCCAUCUACAGAGAAAAAGAAAAAGGAGGGUGUAUUGUCGCAUCCACCCACCCCCGCCAGUUCGGUGGCACCAUCGCCUGGCGGAGCCAGUAUCUCAUCUUGUCACGACGACUUUGACAAUAUUGCCAGUCCGGCUAGCACCACGUCUGGCCCGGCGGUGGUUCCCUCUUGGGUCACCAUGACAAAGGGUGGUGGCGAUGUAGCGAAGCUGUAUGAAAUGGGCAGUGAGCCAGAGCGGAAGUAUUUCCUAGAUCGGCUAUUUGUGUUCCUUGAGGAGCGGUCACAGCCUAUCACCUCUAUGCCCUCCAUCAGCAAGCAGCCCUUGGAUCUAUACAGACUUUACUUAAUUGUCAGGGAUAAAGGCGGUAUGCUUGAGGUCACAAAGACCAAGAAAUGGAAGGAGAUAUGUGGACUAGUGAACAUAGGCACAUCUGCUAGUGCUGCCUUCACACUCAAGAAAAACUACAUCAAAUACCUCUUUUCAUACGAGUGCCAGUUUGAUCGAGGCGGCACUGAUCCAGCACCCAUUCUUGCUCAAAUGGAAGCUCAACUACAGCAAAAACGAGAACAGAAGCACCGCCGGGCACCAUCACCAGCAGGUUCCCAGGGCUCCCAGGAUGCAUUCCGACCUCCAAGCACUCCAAAUAGCAACAGUCAGGGCAUGGAGGGUUUCCCACCCUCCAUGGGGCCCAACUACAUGCAGAACUCUGACCAUGGCAUGGGACCAAUGGGACCAGGCAUGCUGCCCCCUAACAGCAAUAUGAUGGGCAACAUGAUGGGGCCAAACUCCAUGGGUAUGCCACCAAACCACAUGCCUAACAGCAUGCAGCCGGGCAUGAUGGGAGGAAACAUGGGGCCCAGUGGCAUGAUGGGAGGCUACUCCAAUAACAUGAUGCCACCCAUGCAUGGACAUGGACCCAACUCAGGCGGACCUGGUGGUAUGAUGGGUAACAACAUGAUGCCACCCAUGGGUGGCAAUAUGGGGAUGCCAGGCAGCAGUGCAAUGCAUAGUAACAGUGGAAUGCACAGUAAUAGUGGCAUGCCGGGUAAUGGUGGAAUGCCCAAUAGUAUGCCUGGAAACAGUGGACUACAUAGCAACAGUGGUAUGCCUGGCAAUGGUGGUAUGCCUGUUAACAGUGGUAUGCCUGGAAACAGUGGUAUGUCUGGUAACAGUGGUAUGCCUGGAAACAACAGUGGUAUGCCUGGUGGCAGUGGUAUACCUAGCAAUAGUGGUAUUCCAGGAAAUAGUGGAAUUACAGGAAACAACAGUGGCAUUCCUGGCAACAAUAGUAUGUCUGGUAACAGCAACAUGCCACCUGGAAAUGGCAGUAUGUCUGGCAAUAGUGGUAUGCCAGGGAACAAUGGUUUGAUGACAGGCAUACCCACAAAUGCCAACAGUGAUAGUGUUACAUGCCAGGACCCAUUCGCAGACGAGCCACGUAAUGGACCAUAUCCCCGGCAAGGUGCCACAAACUCCCCCAUGCCAACCUACUCAGGAAUACCUCCCCAUCAGCCGCCCAGCAGCAGUACAUCCAACACAUUCAACAGUAGCAGCAGCAGCAACAACAGCAACAUGAAUCGUCCAAAUAUGCCGGGUUUUAACAUGCCAAACCCAGCCAGCAUGAACAGUUUUGAAGGUGCGAGUGGUGGGCGUGGUGGGCCAACAUCACUUGAACCCCAAUUUAGUGAACCGUCGUCCUUCAGACGGACAGAAAGCUUUCCCAGCAGUUCACGACCAACAGAUGCCAUCAUUAGCAGUCAGUUUAGCAGCAGUACCACAAACACAACCUCAGUCUCUUCCAUAGGAAGGCAAUUCCCAUUUGGUGAUCAGUUCACCAAACCUGAAAGGUUUGGUUCUCCCACAACCCCCUCAGUGCAAUCUUCAUCCCCACAACUUCCUGUCAGCUCCCAGCCUUCAGCCUCUCCCUCGUCCCAGCAUCAACAGCCAUCAACAGCCCCAUCUUCUUCUCUGAACAGUCAUCACCCUUCUGGGCCUCCCCAGCUUCCUCCACAGCCCCCAUCAGUAGACCCUAUGUAUUCAUCGCGCUUCAGCGGUCAACAGCCAAUGAUGUCAUCACAUCCAGGGUCUCAGGGACACAUGGAACAGUUUGGAGGACCCCCAGGCAACUACCCCUCUAACCAGACACCUCAAUCCGGCUAUCCAGGGGGAAAGCCUGGCAUGGGUGUUCCAGAAUCCUACCCUGGAUACCCAAAUCAACAGGGUCAGUUUCAGGGACCCAGACCAUCCAUGGGACGGGAGAUGUCAAUGCCACCUGGUGGCAUGUACGGUACACCAAACAAGCGAUACCCACCUCAUGACGGAUAUAUGGGUCAAGGCUAUAGUCCCCAGUCAGGUUACUGUGAUCGGCCUAGUCCAGGCCCCAGCCCUUACCAGCAUCGACCGAGUCGGGACAACAAGAUGUCGCCAUACGAUACCCAAAUGACACCUGAUGGGCGUCGAGACAUGCAGUUUUCACCUAUGUCCCAGCGAUUUCACCAGCAUGCAGGGCCAGGCUACCCAGGAGGACCAGGGAUGGGUCCAGGUGGGCCAAACAUGCCCUACAUGCAGAGCCCUUAUGGGGGCCGCAGUGGACACCACAUGUCUCCCCCUCGGGAGAAAUCUAUGUACAUGUCUCCAUCAAAGCAGGUCCAGAAGCAGCAUAUGACAGCAUUUGCUCCAAAGAAAGAGGUUUCAUUUCCACCAGACAGUGUUGAGGCCGUCACUCCUUCAUUGACCAAGCGGCGGCGACUUACCAAGACUGAUGUGGGUCAGAUAGAGGCCUGGCGACUGAUGAUGGCACUGAAGUCAGGUUUACUGGCGGAGAGUACAUGGGCACUGGACACGCUCAACAUUCUCCUGUAUGAUGACUCAACAGUAUCAUACUUUAGUCUGAACCACCUACCAGGGCUCCUUGAAGUAUUACUAGAACAUUUCAGACGAUGCCUUAUUGAAAUGUUUGGGGAGCCUUUCGUCUCCAUGGAGAAACAUGCCAUGGCCACACCGCCACAAAAGCUUGAAACAUUGCCUGCUGAAGAAAUCGAAGAUGUUCAGGAAGAAAUGGAAGAGCAACAAAAAGAGGAACCAGAACAGGUGGAGGAGGUUGAAGAAGAUAAGGAAGAGAAAGCUACAGAUUCAGUAGACAAUUGUGGAAAUGGUGCUAAGUAUAGUGACAAAAAGUUAACCGAUUUCACCUUGACAACGAGGAAUGGACUAAUGUCAAAAUUGUAGAAACUGAUGUUAGCACCGUCAGAUCCCAAGUGUUGGGAUGUGUAUUCAGGGUUCUCCUUCCAGCAAGGUCACUGGCAACUAGGCUGUGGGGAUACAUCUCGUCAUAUCGUUCCAUUUUUUGCUAGUGAAAAGGAGAAUAUGGUAUACAAAAAACUCUUCAUUCGACCUCCAAUGAAGUUAAAGGUUGUUAGUGAAUUACAACCGAAGGAAGUGGAAGGAAUUGAAAGUGUAGCUGAGGACAUGGAGGAAGGGGAUGUGGAAGGAGAGGAAAAGGAAAAUCGUUGUCUUUGCCCUUCAAGGGACUGUAGUGAAAAGGGUAAAGACUCUGAGGAUGCGGUUGUGGUAAAAGAGAUUUCGGAGGAGGGGAAAAUCUCCAUCAAAAAUGUUCAUAAAACAGAGGUGCUGAAUUGUUCAACGGACACAAAAAAGUUAGGCAAAGAAAACAAGCAAGAAAAGAAAAAUAACAUUCUUAAACAUGUACAGAUCAAAAAGGAAAUUUGUGAUUCGGAAGAUAAAGUUGUGGAGCCCCCAGAGCCUCCAGCUGGUAUGGAGGUGGAGGUGAAAAAAGAGGAAGAGGAGAUUCCAGUUGAAGGAAUAGAGGAGAAACAAGAAAUGAGCGAAGAGAGUGUGAAAGAGGAAGUGGAAGAAAAUAAAGCAAACAUCAAAACAGAAAUGUUGGGAGACUCAUCAAGUAUAUGUGUUAAAACUGAAAGUGAUGUAGACAGUCUUUCAGGCCAAAGUUGUGGCAAACGAUCUCAUGAGGAGGUGGAACUUGAGGAUGAAUCUUAUCAACGAGAUGAGCCGCCUCUGAACGUUAUUACAGACGCUAGAGACGAACUUGGCAGACGCUGUAUUUGUAUAUCAAACAUAUUCCGUAGCUUAUCAUGUGUACCAGGCAAUGAUGCCAAAAUGUCAAAACAUGCUGGUUUGUUAUUCACACUUGGUAAGCUACUACAACUACAUCACCGUCAUCUACCUCGCAACACAACUCGCAAAAAGUUUGACCGGGAUGAGAGCGAGCUGGAGGACUUGAUGGACUCCAGUCAUAUCGAGGCAGAGUGGUGGUGGACCUACCUCGCUAUGUUAAGGGAGAACACACUAGUGAUAUUUGCCAACAUUAGUGGACAGCUUCGUCUGUCUGCCUACCCAGAGGAGAUCUGUUUGCCCAUCCUUGACGGUCUACUUCACUGGGCAGUUUGUCCAUCAUCAUGUGCGACAGACCCCCUCCCUUCCACACCUUCAUCCGUCCUGUCCCCUCAGCGGCUGGUCCUGGAGGCCAUGUGUAAACUCUGUAUACAUGCUGCCAAUGUUGAUCUGCUUUUGGCUACCCCACCGUUCAGUCGUAUCAUUCAGCUUUUCAGCAUCCUUACAAAGAUGUUGGCUAACCGCAGCGAGCCUGUGACUCUAGAGUUUGCCAUUGUGUUGUUAUCAGAAUUGGUUCAAGGGGAAGAUAGUGCGGUUAGGGCAAUAGCAUUGCAGCACCCCACCAUCUCCUUGCUACUGGACUUCUUAGAAACAGCAGAACAGAAAGCCAUGCAGGUGGUCAAUCUUCAUGGUAUAAACAUCUUGCGGGAGAAUCCCGAAAUGAUGGGCACCAGUUUGGACAUGCUUCGUCGUGCAGCAAACAUUCUGCUUCAUCUAUCGUACAACACGCAAAAUAGACGCUUAUUUGGGCAUCAUCAGCAGAGGCUACUGUCCUUAGUUAUGUCUCAGAUUCUCGACCAGGUCGUGGCUCAAAUUCUCUCGGACGUCAUGUUCCAGUGCUUUCAAAGCGACUCCUAGUACUUUUUACACAUAGUUGUUAUCUACGCUAUUAUUAUUACAAUACUUCUUCAAAAACAGGUGAAAAGUUGCAUUGUUAUUGGAAAAGAAAUAUUAAAGCCCAAGUUUUUCAUACAUCAUGUAUGUGUAUAGUAAAUAAUAUAUUAUUAUUACAUCAUUAUUACAUCUUCAUUGUAUAGUAUCAUUAUUAAAGUCUGUUGUUGUAGCAACAUCAUUCCUGUGUGUGCACAUACAAGUUGUACAGUGUAUAUGUUCAUCAUUGCCCAAAGUUUGUAAAAUAAAUGAAGAAAUGUUAUGUGCAAGUUACUAGUGUAUAUUCUGACAAGAAACUUACGGAUUUUUCUGGAGGAACUAUGUGUUGGUAUAUUGUAAUAUACAGUGAUACUGCCAGUCAUUUUUGCAGUUGAUUCCCACUUUUCUUAAGUUCAUGUGAGCCAUUUCUUCUGUCAACUGUUGUGUGAUAUAGGUGGCCACAUAGAAAAAUAUAUAUCCCAUAGUACACAGGUCAAUUCAGCAUUUUUAUUUUUCUACAUUGGCUCAUGAUGAAUAGUAACUUGAAUUUUUUUUUUCAAAGGAAAUGAAUUAAAAUUCUUCUGAUUUGUUACAAUGUAACAAGGAUAAUGUGUAACAUGAUCUUGUUGUGAAGUGAAAUUCAAGAGUGCAUUAAACAAGGUUGAUAGAAUUUGAUAAUGGAGAUUGUAUAUUACAGACGUGUGGAGUUGUAAUAGCUUCCCAGUGUGGAAAAAGGGAGCGAAAGCUGUAAAAAUGAUAGUAUCAUGUGUUUGCAUGCUGUCUUUCUGAUCCAUUUCAAAGUUGUUCAAAUGAAUUUGGAUUUCAAAAUGUUAUCAUUACAUAUUUAUAUGAUAACCAUUAUAUUUUUAUUAUUUACUUACCGUACAAUUUCAAUUUUCCCCUUUUUAUGACUUUUUUCGAUAGGAAGAGACAGUAUUUAUAUAAUGUUCAUUCAUAGAAUUGUUGUGUAUGUUCAUCAUUUCAUCAUUUAUCACUUUUCAAAAGUUGUAUGUAGAGAUGAAAACUGCACUGCUAACGUAAUGUUGAUAAUAUAUCUAUAUGGAUCACUGACAAAAUGUGUGUAGAUUUUCGUUUUGUAGUAAAAUAUUUCAUCAUUCGUUUUUCAUCCUGUAUUUCUGAUAAUCAUCUUUGUGCAGCAGCUUUAUACUGUAUGUCAACAAGAUUCAACUAAAUAAAUGUAAAUAUUUUAAUGCAGUGUUGUUGUUAUCUUGUAAAACUAAAGGUUCUGAAUCACCACAGUAAAGUUUACAUACAUAGAUAUUCUAGAAAGUCGCGCGAGAUACUACAAUUAUAUAUAUGGUGUCCAUAAGAUUUUGUUCAAACUUGAAUUAAUUUUUGACAUCCAAAAUGAUUUCUAUGUAGUUAUUUAAUGCAGUCACAUUUUCUCAAUAGAACCUGUAGUUAUUGAAAUGAGAUUGUAAAUUUAUUAACUAUGAAGUCCUAUAUCCAGCUACCUUUAUUAAACAGUGAUAAUUGAUCACAUCUCUCCUACAUUAAUACAUAAGUUAACAAUUUCUAGUCUAAAUCUUCAACAAAAUUAAAAAGUUUGGUUGGCUUGAAAAAGAUUGGAAUUGAACAUUUAUUUUUGAGAUUGUUGCCGAUUUAUUAAAUGAGAUGUAUGUCCACUAUCACAACCUUGAGGCCUUUCAGUUGAUACAAUUGUUACCCGGUAAACUUUAACAAGAGCCCCAAAGCCUCUUAUCACCUGAAUUAUGAUAAGUAUACAGAUAGACUUUUCUUGCAAUCAUAUUUGUCUCGGCUAACAAUUAAGGUUUAUUGAUGUAAAAGUUCACAGCAUACCAUAAUCUCAUCAAAAUCUGUCCACAUUUACUCGAGUUAUACUCACAAGGCAAAUGUAAUAAAGGUGUGGGACGCAACUUACAAGUACUCAUCAGAGAUGUCAUUAAUUAAUGUCACCAUACAAAGUUUCCUGAAAAUCCGUUCAUAAGUUACAUUCACAAGGACCAUAGCUAUGUGUACAAGGACCAUAGCUGUGUUAGUUACAAUCAAAUCUCUCGUUGUCGAUCAUGUCUGUGAUCGUACCAAUACAACGCUGCAUACAAAUUUUCAUGAAAUAUGUACUCCCGUUCGGUUUACAAAAAAAAA